UCGAGCAUGAAGGUAUGAAUUAUUUAAAUUAGUGAAAGUUUAACUAAUUUUAACUAGACAUGUAUAACUUCGAAACUAUAUGUCGAAGUUGCUCAUGUACCGGUGAUUUAGAAUCUUUGUUUGACAAUAAACAAACGAUUGUUGCUGAAAUGUUUACUAAUAUUAUCGGUUUAAAAAUUAUGAAGGAUGAUAAUUAUCCUCAAAACAUUUGUGUUUACUGUUUGAGAAAACUAAAGGAUGCGUAUUAUUUUAAAAAACAAUGCCUUGAAAUGCAUACGAAAUUUCAAGAAUAUUUACAGAUAAACGAAAAUCAAACAAUUACUAUCAAGUCAGAAUCUCCAACUAAUCUAGAUAUAAAAGAACCUGAAAUUAUUGUAAAGGAAGUGAACAUAUUUCUCGAUCAUGGAGAAAAUGAUGAUCUCGAUCAAGUGGACAACAUUUCAAUAAAACAAGAAGAUUUAGACGAGAAUGUACAAGGUGAUCAAAAAAAUGUAGAAAUCAAAAAUGAAGUAAUUGAAUCGAAAAUAGAUAAACAGAAAUCUGAAUGUUCAAUUUGUUUAAAAAAAGUAUUAAAUUUAAGAGAACAUCUACGAAUCCAUGAAAGCGAAAAACCGUUUGAAUGUGAAGUUUGUGGUAUGAAAUUUUCCGUAAAAAAAUAUUGUUUACGACAUAUGAAAAAACACAGUGCAAAUAAAUUAUACUCUUGUAAUGUGUGUAAUCAAAAAUUUAAUGCAAAAAUUAGUUUAGCUGAUCACGUGAAGAGUCGUCAUUCAACAGAAAAACCAUUUGAAUGUGAAUUAUGUGACAAAAAGUAUAAAAAUAAAUACCAUCUUCAAGAACAUGUUGAAGUUACACAUGAUAGUUCAAUGGUUAAUUUGGAAAAAUUACAUUCAUGUAAUCAAUGUGGAAAAAUAUUUCGAAGAAAACUGUAUUUAAUACGACAUCAACUAAUUCAUACGGGUGAUAAACCAUAUAAAUGUAAUUUGUGUAAUCAAAGUUUUCGACAAGAGCCCCAUUUAAAAACACAUUAUCGUACACACAGUGGUGAAAAACCACAUCAGUGUACGGUUUGUGAUAAGAAAUUUGCUCAAAAUGGUAAUUUAACUGUUCACAUGCGUACACAUACGCAUCUGAAAAUGCUAAAAUUGAAUAGUAAUGAAAGUUUAGCAAAUGAGGAGUUACAACACUUUCCCAAAGCAUUUUUAUGUUCUUAUUGUGGGCGAGGAUUUGCUACGAACAUUCAAUUAACGUAUCAUAUUCGCACACAUACAGGGGAAAAACCAUUUAAAUGUGACUUAUGUGAAAAAGCAUUUUCUCGAGCACAAACUUAUCAAUUGCAUCAAAAAACCCACACAGGCGAAAAACCGUAUAAAUGUGAAUAUUGUGGGAAAUUGUUUUUGUAUAAAAUGUGGUUACAAAAUCAUCAACUAAUUCAUACAGGCGACAAACCAUAUACGUGUAAUGUGUGUAAUCAAAGUUUUCGACAACAGGUCCAUUUAAAUGCGCAUUAUCGUACACACAGUGGUGAAAAACCGCAUCAGUGUACGGUUUGUGAUAAGAAAUUUGCACAAAGUGGUAAUUUAACUGUUCACAUGCGUACACAUACGGGGGAAACUCCUUAUGUAUGUUCGAUCUGUAAUAAGGGUUUUUAUGAUUCAAGUAGUAUGAAAAAACAUAAAAAAAAUCAUUAAUUCUUAUGGAUUAAUCUUAUAUUAUUCGUUGAAGAACAGAGCUGGCGACACUCAUAGCAAAUUUAGCAACUUCUUGCUAUACUUCCAUCAAAUUAGAUGAGAUUUCAUAUGAUUUACUGAAGUUUUGGAAGUAGCUAUGCCAAGUUUCAGCUUUUUACCUUUAGUAUAAUUUCCAUUUGCGCAACAAAAACUGGUGAUAUGGAAAAAUAAUCAAUUUUCCAUGUUUUUUGCAGUUUAAUCGAAAGUUUUCGAAUGUAAUAU